AAAACUCUGCGCCUGCGGACACACCUCCACUAUUACUACCACCACCACCACCACCAAUCCCCAAUCGGACGCCUCUUGCUGCUAGCCCUGUCCUCUUAUUUCUGCUCCUGUUCCCUCUUACCACUUCACUGCCCCCCGCCCCUCACCUCUUACUCUCUCUCUCUCUCUCUCACUUCUUCCAUUUCUUCUCUGCUCCUUGCUCCUUUUGGUCUUCUUCCACCACCACCACUACCACCACUACCACCGCAUCUCCAUCCAUCCUCUCUGCUGUCCGGCCUUUGGUUCCAUCUUUUGGUUCUCUACUCUACUCACCUGUCGCAGUUGGCUGUCCUGUCCCGUACUAUUUGGUUCUUCGACACUGUCCCCCAGUGUCGACCUCUCUCUCCACACUCCUCUCCAAACCCUCUCUCCUGCACAUCCGCAAUCAUGUCGUUAAAUCGCCAGUGGUUUGUACCCGGUGACGACAUUGCUCGUGAGGUCAUCACCGCCGAUAUCCAGCGAUAUCUAGGUCCUGAUGCCACCGUCAGACCGGGAACCGGUACUGGAGAGUACGAGGGAAUGGACGGUUUUUGGAUAACUGCCUAUCGUACUCUCACUUCGAACAUGAUCAAAGACCUGAAGCAGGACUCGCAAAGAUGGAGAGCCGAGAUGGCUCACGGACGAGUCGCCUAUCAAGAUUCCACCACCCACCAGGCCAGGCAGCACUACGGUCCCACUCCUGGUCCCUCGCGCCACGAUCCUGCCGCUGCCUACCAGCAGACUGCUCCAAGCUAUGCCACUGGAUACGGUAAUUAUACCCACCAACAGCCGUCCAGAGGAGGAUAUGCCCAGCAGCCCCAGCAGCCCCAGUAUGCCACUCCCGGAUACCAAGAGCCCGUCCGGACCACCGCUCCAAGCUACUCGUACGGCAACCAGGACACCCAGGCGGCCUAUGGAGCUUACCAGCAGCCGCAGCAGGACCCGCGCUAUCCCUAUGCCCAGACAACCGCUGCCCCGCGUCAGGACAUAUACUCCCCACAGCAGCAACAGCCAAGGUAUUUUGGAUAUUAUCACCGGAAAUAUUUGGUCCUUCGCUAAACUCCUCUCUCAGUUCGGCUUCAUAUGGUAGCAACGCGUACGGCCACGAAGGGCGACGUAAGUCUU